AUGGCAGUCGAGUUCGCAGAGCAAGACAAGGAGAGGGAGAAGGAGAGGGAAACUCCUUCCUAUACUGAUUCCGCUGCAACCGAGAAAGUCUUUCUCAACUUGACAUCCGCUGGAGCCUUUGGCGAUGAGAGGCUCAUCCCUGCAGUCUUCCAGGAGAUCUCGCUCUCCUUCCAUGCUUCCCUCACACAACUGGGCAUGCUGACCCUGGCAGGAGCCCUGUCCUCCUCCCUUGUCUAUCCCAUCUCCGGCGUGCUCGGAGACAGCUACUACAGGAGCCGCAUCAUCCUCUGGUCCCUCGUUGGCGUUGCUAUCUCCACAGUUGCCCUGGCGCUGAGCGCCAGCUAUGAGCAGAUGCUCUUCGUCAAGGCUAUCAACGGCGUGUGCAUCGGCCUCCUCGUCCCUUCCUUGCAGUCGCUGGUGGGUGACAUGCACGAUGCUCUGCACCGGGGGAGAGGGUUCGGGACGCUGGCGUUCACGGGGAUCAUGGGAGCGGUCUUGGGGAGCACGCUGGCAACGGUGCUGGCGGCAUCCUCCUACUUCGGGUUGGAGGGCUGGCGGUUUGCCAUGCUGCUGUGGGCAGGGUUCAUCGUCGUGAUCAUCGUGGGACUGGCGUUGUUUGCUGCGACGAAGCUAGAGGCGUACGAUGAGAGCAAGAGGGAGCAGAUCGAGAGCAUGGAGAAGAAGCAGUUCCAAGAGCAGAUGGCGGAGCGCUGCUCCCAGGGGCUGGAGAGGAUCUCCUACGUCCUGUCGAUCCCCACGCUAAGGAUCCUCAUUCUUCCCCAGGCCGUCGGCAACGUCCCUUGGAUGGCGAUGACGGGCUGGGUAACCUUCUACCUCGAGGCUAUGGGGUUCAGCAACGGAGCAACUGCUCUCCUUAUACUCAUCACUGGCCUUGGGUUCGCUCUUGGCACGUUGCUCGGAGGGGUCAUAGGGGACCUGGCGGAGAGGGCGGACAGGCUAAGAGGACGCAUCUUCCUGGCGCAGGUGGCGAUAGGGCUGGGGAUCCUCCUCUUUGUGUGGGACCUGGAGGUCUUGCCGAGACUUCUGGAGGGGCAGGACAUGAUUGUUGCAGGGCUGUGCUAUGCCAUCAGCCUCUUUGUGACGGGAGUGUUGUCGAUCGGGGGGACAGGAGCAGCUUGUAACCUGCCCAUCAUUGUCUCUUGUCUCCCCCAGGACUAUCACACGUCAGGCAUCGCCGUGGAGAGGUUCUUCGCCACCGUCAUGUCGGCCUUCGCUGCUCCGCUGGUUGGGAUCAUCGCCGAGGGCUACUACGACUACAACCUUGAGCCCGAUGAGCUGGGCCCGGUGGGAGCAGUAGGAGCAGACGGCAAGGAAAUACAACCGACCUUUCAGCCCUUCGCCUCCGCUCGUGCUACGAUCGUUGCUGACUCACUAGUCAUGGUCACUACCAUCUCUUGGCUCCUUUCUAUCCUCGUGUGGACCUUGGUCUACUUCUCUUACCCCAAGGACAGACUCUCCAUCGACUCUGACGAAGAGGCCCGAGUCAUUGACGGGACCUCGCAAGGCUACGGCACGGGAGCGUCAAGCGUCAGCAUGGCCGGCUCAUCCAUCCCUCCUUCUUUCGUGUCUACAGGACUAGCGGGGUCCACCGGGACUCUGUCAGAUCAGGACGAGGAGGGGAAGGGCGCCUGAAGGAUGUAAAUAUAUUGUUUCAGUGUCUACAGCAGCACUCCUAUGAAUGCUUUAAAUCGUUCUCUCGCUCCU